GCAUAAUUUAAUAACCAUACUAGAUAAAUUAUUUUGCCAAUAGCCUUUAUUUAAUUUAUAAACUGUUAUAUUUCUCCAAAUCGCAUUAAUACAUAUACAAUUUUAAUGAAUUUUGAUACCUAUUCGAUUAUUAAUGAAUUUUGAUAUGAAAUAAAUCGACAACUUCGCUCGCUACCGAUAUUACUACUGAUACAAAAAAUUAAUGAUAGACUUCGUAAGGAACACUAGCUUCAAUAUGAAUGCAAUGGAUUACAUGCCAAUCAAGGAGCUGAAGCCGGGGAUGAAGAACAUCAAUGCUUUGUUUAUAGUGCUCGAGGUCGGUCCUCCGACACUGACGAAGGAGGCACGCGAGGUGCGCACGCUACGUGUCGCUGACACCAGCGCCUCCAUUAACUUGUCGGUGUGGGAUGAGCCCGGAGCGCUUUUACAGCCCGGCGACAUUGUCCGGCUCACGCGGGGUUAUGCCUCGCUAUGGCGCGCCGCGUUAACUCUGUACUCUGGGAAAUCUGGUGACAUUCAGAAGGUGGGUGAAUUCUGCAUGUUGUUUAACGAGCAAGUGAAUAUGAGCGAACCGCAGCCGACGCCGCCACCUUCCGCGCCGGCUGGUUUGGCAGUGCCCGCUUCUGAUCGCACGAACGGCGCGCACCCCACUCCUCGCGCGCACCAGCCGCCGAACCAGCCAGCCGGGGCUGCCGCGGGCGGUGUGCAGCACGCGCCCAAGUCCGAUCGGUUCACGCACAACUCCCAGGACCACAACAAGCACCCGCACAAGACCUACGUCCGGGGACGGGGACACCAGCGCGGCAACAACAGGAGGUAACUAGGAGCUCGUGACCACAGCACAGACUGAACUUUAGAAUCAUGUGAUAUCUAUGAAUAAAAUAGUAUUGUCUUAAAUAUCAUAAAUAUUUAACAUUAACUCUCUUAUACAAACUAUUACUAUACAUACAAUGACUAACUAGCUUUGUACAUUUGUAGCUAAAUAGAUUUAUAAAAUAAGGGGGCAAUGAUUAAGUCAAUGUUUGUAAACUAGUGGCACAUUAAUCAAUAUGGUAAUAACAAAAAUUGCUAUUACCAUAAUUAUUUUAACUUCAAUGUAUUUAUGUUUGUUACUAUACAUCAACCAUUAUCUGUCUUCUGCUGAACAUGGGGGGGGGGGGGUAACAUGGGCUGCCACAUAAAUUGCUAUAAGGAACGGCCCUGAAUCACAUAACUCCCUGCAAUGCAUGUAUUCUUGUGCUCUGUAUGUGAUAAUUUAUCAAUAUGAGGAAGAUUCAUGGGACAGUAUGGAGGUAGGCACAAGGCAGUGCUGUUAGUUUGUUUAUUCUCAUUUUCAUAACUUACACAUAUGUAUACUUAUAUAAUUGUAAAUUACAAUUAUAUAAACAGUUUCAGAUGCUUUUUAUUGAAGUAAUUAAACUUUCCAAUACAUUUUAUUUUCUGAACAUAAAAUUUACCAUGUGUGCCCCAGCAUAGAAUGGGCCACCUUUUCCUUUCUUGGGAGUGUCAUAAGAGGCGACUUAGGGGGAGUGAGGUAUGGGCAGCAGCAUCCCUCUUAAAACAUCUCUAAAAGCCUAACUGCAGUUGUCAACCCGUCUGCCCAGCGUGGCAAUUACUGGCAAGACUUAUGGGGAAGGCUUAUGUUCAGCAGUGGACAGUUAAUGGCUGAAAUAAUAAUAAUAAUAAAUACAUAAAAAUAAGUAAAACAUAAUAAUUUUCAAUGAUUUGAUUUAAUAACAUGUAAUAUUAAACACAUAAGUGUACAUUAAGAACAAAAUAUAUAAAAUAUUUAUUAAAUGAUGUAAAAUGAUCUUAAGCUGUACCCGGGGUGUAAAGAAUGGUUACUUACUAGCUGUAUGUACGAUUUAUAUAAGGGAUCUAUCCUUUUUUUAUGUAACAAUAAAAAAAGUUUCUGUUUAAGUGUUAAAAAGGAAUGGAAUUUCUCAAUAUUAAUUGAAUUUUACAUUGGAUAUUAAGUAAUGGAGAUUGUAUUUGCACGUUCUAUUCUGGUGCAAAUUAAAAUUGUUUUUAUGAUUUUGAUGAUAUCAGUUUUAUUUGUAUAGUUAGUUUUAUUUGUGUACAAAUAUGUUAUGUUAUUGUACAUAUAUUAAUUCUUAACUGAUAACAAUAAUUCUAUUAUUUUUGAUUCAAUAAUAUUGGUCUAUGUUUCAUUUUAAAAAUAUAUAAUAAAUACGCUUACAACUUUACAUUGUAUUAUAGUAGUCGGAUAAAUUGUUGGUGGUUGCCGAUGUGGUAAAUGUAUUACUCGAUAUGCCCACUGUAUGCCAAGUAUAUUUGAAAUAAAUGAUACAAGCGAUUCUAUUACAGUUUAUGUUAAUAACAGUGUUUCCCAUCACUAGGGAGGUAGUGGGAAAUCUAAAAUUGUUAUUCGCCCUUAUUGUGCAUGAGAGUGGAUCGUGUCCUAAUAAAUAAAUAAUGUCACACCACGUAUGCCAAGUGACACAAACAACUGAUAUUUGUAUAUUAUUUUCGCUUUUGUAUAUUCCGUUUGUUUAUUCACUGUGUACGUUGUUAUGUUCGACAAUUGUCUGUUGGCGAAACGAAACAACUACAAUAAAUCUUAUGUAUAUAAAGCUUA